AUGUCAGAAGAAGACAAAGUGGCUCAAACUGCAGAUGCUGUGACCAAUGAUGCUGUGACCACAGAUGCUAUGACUACUGAUGCUGUGACCUCUGAUGCUGUGACCACAGAUGCUGUGACCACUGAUGCUGUGACCACAGAUGCUGGGACCACUGAUGCUGUGACUACAGAUGCUGUGACCACUGAUGCUGUGACCACUGAUGCUGUGACCGCUGAAGCUGUGACCGCUGAAGCUGUGGCCACUGAUGCUGAGACCGCUGAAGCUGUGGCCACUGAUGCUGUGACCGCUGAAGCUGAGACCACUGAUGCUGUGACCACUGAUGCUGUGACCAUAGAUCCAGAGAGUGUGACUGAGGAAGCUAUGGCAAAUGAGCCAGAUAAUUGUGCUGCUGCUACUAGCUCAACCCCACAAGUGGACAGCAGUCCUGCUCCCGAUGCGUCCAAAUCAGAAAAACAGGCCGAAUCAAAUGAACCAAGUGGUAACAAAAGGGCUGCAGAGGAACUAGAACCGGAGGAAAAGUGUAAAAAACCGAAGACUGAGAACUUGUUGGUUUUCAAAAUGCUGUGUCCUUUCUGGUGCGCGGGUGCUGUAAUCGGUACUAAAGGUGAACAUAUCAGGCAACUUAAAGAGGAAACUGGGUGUGUCAUUAGGAUAACUAAAAACCAUGAAAACUUUCCCAUGACAAGCGAACGAGUUGUUUCUAUCAGAGGGGAGGAGGAGUCCAUCAAGAAAGUAAUCCUAGCAGUUCAAAACAAGAUAAGGAACGACAGACCGCCCCCAAACGCUCCUUCCAAAGACAACUCCAAACGUAAGGGUUGUAUGAAGCUGGUAGUAAGUGUGUCCUCGGCAGGUCGUAUUAUUGGUAAAGGAGGGGAACAGACUAAGAAGCUGCAGACACUGCACGGAGUACAUGUGGAUGUCAUGAAGACAGCUGAUCUGCCUCCAGGGUUGAAAGAGAGCGUGGUUACUAUCUCCGGUGAUGAUAACGACAAGGUGGAUAACUGCAUGACUGAUGUUCUGGCUUUGGUAAGCGAAGAUAAGCGAGCUAAUCUGAACUACAAUGUUGAUUAUUCCUCGUUUGGUCAGAACAAGCAGCAUUCCGGUCCCGUGGCUAGACAACCUAAUCAGUACGGAGGAUGGGGUGGUGCCCCACAAUCAGCACCACAACCACACUACUACCCCCCUCAAUGGGGUGGUAACUAUGGUAACCAUCAACCAUACAAUCAGAAUUAUAGAGAUCAUCACGCCAGAGGAGGCAAUAGGAGAUAGCUAUAAGUACAUUCUCUCAUCAAAUAAAUUUCAAGUUACAACACCUUUUAAAGCAAUGAAGUUAUGACGUUCCUAACUGAUUUAAUUGACUCUCCGAGUGGUUAGAUUUCAGAAUCAGAUUUCUUGUUAAGUAACACUUUGGUUAGAUAUGUUGUAUUAGGUUAGAUAGGAUUAAACCAAAGUAUGACACGUUAUGAUAGCAGAGCUUGACUACUGACCCUUCUUAUUACUCUUGAAUAUGUUAAUAUCGGUAUUAUUGUAUUGUAUCAAGGAAAUAUUCUUGUUUUAGUUUUAAAUAAAGGGCUCUUACAAAAGUUGUAGAGUUAUCUUAUCAUUUUAUUCUCCUUGUGGACAAGUUAUGUGCAAUUGUAAAGGCUGUAAAGUUACUGAGUUAUCUAAAUAAGAUAUCUUACUUUAAUGUGUAUCCCCGGCCAAGUUUUAUAUUUAUAGACGAAGAUUUGUCUAUAUUUUAAAGAUAGUAUUCACAAGUAGCGACAGUUCAGUUAUUUCAAGUUGAUAUGCUUGCUAGUAUUAUGUUACACCAUAAUAUAUCUCGAAA